AUGGGUCUCGUCGACGCUCCCAACAAGGUCCCUCACCAGCAGCGGGUUUACCAGGCUGCCUACCGGGCUCACACUCGUAUCUGGAGAAUCAGCCCCCGCUCCGGCCUCAUGCUCACCCCUUACUACGCCCUCAUGUGGGGUACCUUCGGUGCCUCCAUGUACGCCAUGGGCCGUCAGGUUUGCGGUUACAAGACCUGGUUCGGCAAGAACUAA